AUGGCCACAUCUGCACCCCUGGUUCGCGUUGGAGUAGCAGUUUUUGUGCUGGCCUCGAAGAAUGAAGACCGGGAAAAUCCGCGAUUUCUCGUUGGCCGACGUAAGGGCUCUCAUGGUGCUGGCACAAUGGCCCUUCCGGGUGGCCAUCUAGAGUUUGGAGAGGAGACCGAGGAAUGUGCUGCCCGGGAGCUGCUUGAGGAGACAGGUCUCAAAGUUACCGAUAUCCGGUUCUUAACCGCCACCAAUGACUUCAUGCCCGAUGACACUAAGCACUACAUCACUCUAUUCCACGUCUGUGUCCGGGAGAACGAUGAUGACGAACCUCAGUUAUUGGAGCCUGAUAAAUGCGAGUCCUGGGAGUGGAUUACUUGGAAUGAUUUGCUGGGGUGGAUUCAGGCUUCGCAAAACAAGAGCGCCGAAAACGACGACCUGAAGCACAAGAUCUUUAUUCCACUCCUAAAUAUUGCGAAGCAAAGACCAGGUGUUCGCCCAACUGAUGUCUAA